CGUGUGGGAGCCGCUCCUUGGGGUGAUCUGCCGCUCAGUUUUGAUGCUGAAAUAGUUGUGGUUUGAGGACCUGGACCCGUGAAGGUGUGCUGUACCCAUGACGUUAUAAAUUCUCUGUGGCUCGAUGAGCGUAGAAGUGGAGAGAAAGUUUUUAUUCAAUGCUGAAACUCUGAAAACACUGGAGGAGAUUGGGGCAAAGUGUGUUGGUCAGCAUCAGUUUCACGACCAAUACUUUGACACCCCCCAAUUUCACCUGACUUUAAGCGACAUGUGGCUGCGUAAACGUAAAGGAUGCUGGGAGCUCAAGUGUCCAAUGGCAGCAGUCAGCAGCAGUGGAGAGACAGUCGGGGAACCAUGUAAAGCUGCAGCGCUGUGUACUCACUACAAGGAGAUAAUCAACCUCUCUCAAAUUCAGCUGAGAGUUAAAGAGGUUGUCAAAGAUGUUCAUGAGCGCAGAGACACAGAGACAAGCUCCUUACAGCAGGAUGAGUCUUGGUUCAGCAAAAUGAAUCUGGUAUGCUUUGCAGAGUUUACAACAACACGGCAGACAUUCACUUUAGAGGAGGAGGGAGUGCAGAUAGAUCUGGACCAAGCUGACUUUGGCUACUGUGUGGGAGAGGUAGAAGUGCUCUUACCAGAGAUAGAGGACAUGCAGUCUGCUCUGGGGAAGAUUGAAACAACAGCUGAAAAGCUGGGUCUGACUGGAGAUCAUCGAGUUGAAGGAAAAAUGAAUGUUUACCUUAAACGACAUCACCCUGAGCACUAUUCAAAACUACUGAGCAAACACAUUUUAUAAGAGAUGUUAUGAAUAAUUAGUGACAGCUAAAUAGUUUUAACAUGUGCAACAUUGUAUCUGUAGACUGAGGUAAUAUUUAUUACAAAUCUUAAUAACAAUGUGCCUGCAAUUGUAAAGAUGCUCAAAAUUAAUCUGAAUCUUUUAAUGUUAAUGUAAGCAGCAACCCAAGUAGGCCUGUACAUGUGCUUUGCUCAAGGACUGCUGUGACUUUGCUUUAACUGUACUGCAAUCAAGAGCUUUUAUUAAGUUAUGAGAGCAACUGAACUAACUAAAUAAAUGGUGUGUAUUAUUGUUGAUUCACUAUUAAUAGUGAUUAUGUUGUGCUGCAUUGUGUUAAAAAUUAAAUGACUAGAUAGACAUUGC